AUGGCCACAGCCUUUUCCCCGAAGAUGAGCCAGGUCCUGAUGACUCCUGAGCCCCACUACAUCCCUGGCUACACUGGUUACUGCCCUCACUACAAGUUCAGCGUGGGGAAGACUUACGGCCAACAGACGUCCCAGCUCCUGACCAGUUUGGAGGUCCCGCGCUCCUGCCAGAUGGUGCUGCAGCCGACUCGCUGGUCCUGCCAAGGCACUGAACCCCAAGACCUGCUGGGGGAGCCAGAAGCCUGCUGGGGGGCAGGCACUCAGCCCCUGAGCUCCAUUGUCAUCCCUGGAUAUACAGGAUUCAUCCCCAGAGCCCAGCACUUCUUUGCCAAGACCUACUCUGAGAUCUGCAAGGAGGCCAGGAGCGACUUUGCUGAGCAGAGGCUGAGAGCUGCCAGCAAGGUGCAGGCUUGCCUGAAGACACAGCUGCUGCCACAGGACCCCACACAGGAGAGUGAUCCACAGCACUCCCCCUACUCCAUGGAGGAUGAUGACCCACAAAAAUAUUUCAUCUCAGGCUUCACAGGCUUUGUGCCCCGUGCCCGAUUCCUGAUUGGGACAGGCUACCCGAUAACUACCAACCGGGCCCUGCUUGAGUUUAGCCAGAUGGUCCUGAAGAGAGGUGACAGGACUGAGACCAAGAAAGGCAGCACCAUCCUCCCACCCCUGGGAAAGACCUACCCAGUGGAGACGGGCCUGCUACCUCACUACGCGGGCUAUGUCCCAGGUUACAAGUUCCAGUUUGGCCAUACUUACGGCCACCUUACUCACAACGUCCUCGGCCUGAGCACCCUCGAGAAGCAGGUGCCAGACUAA